AUGCAAACACCGAAAGAUUACGAAAUCACUAGUGAACAUGAGGUCGAGUAUUUCGAUCAACCUUCUCUUCACAAUAGGUCCACUCAUCAUUCUUCCAAAGAUGCUACCAAUGUUCAAUUUGCUCCAGGCGACUCAGAUAACGAUGAUUCAGAUAAUGAAUCCACUAACAAUAAUCAAUCUUCCUCCCCUCAUGGUGCUUCCAAAUUCUUGCCUCAAGUGAAGAAUGAAAGAUUUAGAAAUUGGUUAGAUUCAUUUAAAAGAGCAGAGACCCCGAAUGCCUCAUCGUCAACUGCUGAUGAAAAUGCAGUGGAGAAUUAUUCUAUGCAAGAGUUUGAUAAUGAUUUAGAAAAUAAGAAAUCCAAUUUACAUAUUAGAGAUGAUGAAUUAGAUUACGCCACGGUCAAUGUGGAUUCUCAACCAGUGGAACAACAAGAUGAAAAUGCUCAAUUGAAACAAACUAUUAAGCCAAGGCACGUCAUUAUGAUGUCCUUGGGGACAGGUAUUGGUACUGGUUUACUGGUGGGUAACGGUACUCCUCUGGCUCAAGCUGGUCCUGCUCCUUUGGUUAUCGGUUAUGGUAUCAUGGGUACUUGUCUUUAUUGUAUUAUUCAAGCAUGUGGUGAAUUAGCUGUUGCAUAUUCUAAAGUUAAUGGGUCGUUUAAUACUUUCCCAAGUUUCCUUGUGGACCCUGGUUUCAAUUUUGCCGUCGCAUGGGUUUAUUGUAUUCAAUGGCUUUGUGUUUGUCCCUUGGAAUUAGUCACUUCCUCUAUGACUAUCAAAUAUUGGACCACUAAAGUGGAUCCUGAUGUAUUUGUUGUUAUCUUUUAUGUGUUGAUUCUGUUGAUUAAUUUCUUUGGUGCUAAAGGUUAUGCCGAGGCUGAAUUCUUCUUUAAUUGUUGCAAAGUUAUGAUGAUGAUUGGGUUUUUCAUCAUGGCUAUUUGUAUUAAUACUGGUGCGGCUGGUACUGAUGGUUAUAUUGGUGCCAAGUAUUGGAAUGAUCCAGGUGCAUUUAGAGGUCAAACCAAGAUUGAAAGAUUUAAAGGUGUUAUGGAUACCUUCGUUACCGCAGCUUUCGCAUUUGGUGCUACUGAAUUUAUCGCUUUAACUGCAGCUGAACAAUCUAAUCCAAGAAAGGCCAUCCCAUCUGCUGCUAAGAAGGUUGCAUACAGAAUCCUUUUAAUUUUCUUAACUUCCAUUAUUUUGAUUGGGUUCUUAGUUCCAUACAAUUCUGAUCAAUUGAUGGGUUCCAGUUCUGGUGGUAACUCUGCAUCUCCUUAUGUCCUUGCUGCUUCAUUACAUGGGGUUCAUGUUGUUCAACAUUUUAUCAACGCUGUCAUCUUGUUAUCUGUUUUGUCAGUGGCAAACUCAGCCUUUUACUCAUCUUCUCGUCUAUUAUUAGGUUUGGCUCAAGUUGGGUACGCUCCUAAAUGGUUCGAUUACGUCGAUCGUAACGGUAGACCUUUAAGAUCCAUGCUUUGUGCAGCCAUUAUUGCCGUCAUUGCCUUUUGUGCUACAUCUCCAAAGGAAACUGAUGUCUUCACAUGGUUAUUGGCUAUCUCUGGUUUAUCUCAAAUCUUCACUUGGUUUGCCAUCUGUGUAAGUCAUAUUAGAUUUAGAAGAGGUAUGCAAGUCCAAGGCAGAUCCUUGGGUGAAUUAGGUUUCAGAGCUCAGACCGGGGUAUUGGGGUCUUAUUACGCUGCCAUCAUGUUAUUCUUGGCCUUGGUGGCUCAAUUCUGGGUCGCUUUGGUCCCUAUGAACACUCAUACUUUGGAUGCCGAAAAUUUCUUUCAAAAUUAUUUGGCUAUGCCAAUUUUGUUAGCCUUGUAUGUCGGUUUCAAACUCUGGAGAAGAGAUUUCAGAUUAUUCAUUAGAGCAAAGAAUAUCGAUCUGAUCUCGCAUAGAAUCAUAUUUGAUGAAGAAUUGUUGCGUCAAGAAGAUGAAGAGUAUAAGGAAAAAUUAAGAAACGGUCCAAAAUGGAAAAGAGUCGUGGAUUUCUGGUGUUAA